GCGUUAACAGGCCGCUAAAUAAAUUUGUCUUCAGGUGCUCGCUAAAAGUUUGAACAUCAGUAACGUGAUCGUCUCAAUAACUCGGUAGGAGGAGUAUGGCGAAAGCGUCGUCGCAGCAUCUUCAGAGUUUCCUAACAAACAUAACCAGACCUAUUCCCUGCGCGCCACACGACAUUAAAACAAGUUGAAGUGCCGAAGGACCUAUUGAAGUUUAAAUCCUGCUGCUGAUGGAUAAUUUCCUGGCAAGAUUCUUCAAAGCGCUGGUGCUGAUCAUUUGCGUGUCUUUAUUCUCGUUAUCGUCUUCUAUGAAAGUCAGUUUCCAAGUAGAUAAUAUCCCCAAUGAGUUUAUUAUUCAAUAUAAAAAUAAAUAUUACACCAAAGCCAGGACAAAGUACAUUCACACAAAGUUACACAAAUCCAACAUUUCAAACUGGGCUAUUCUACCUCGGCAAAAUUUAGCAAGUUCUUAUCCCAGUGAUUUCGAUGUUCUUCGAAUAGAGAGCUAUAGUUCGUUAGAACGCAUUUUAGAUGUUGUUAAUGCCCAUCCAGCUGUAAAAGCAGUCGUCCCUCAUCGCAGCGUUCAGCGUAUAUUGAGAUGGACUAAUAAUACUCUUCCUCAGCGACAGCUGCGAGGAGUAGCUCGCAAAAAAGCACAAAGCAGCAAAAGGUCAGAACAGGUUACAACUGUUCUGCACACGGAAGUUCUGUGGAAGCUCGGAAUAACGGGGAAAGGCGUCAAAGUUGCCAUAUUUGAUACGGGCUUGACCCAAAACCACCCUCAUUUUCGAAAUGUAAAGGAACGUACAAAUUGGACAAAUGAAAAGUCUGUCGAAGAUGGAGUUAGCCACGGGACUUUUGUCGCUGGCGUCAUUGCUUCUGCAAAGGAAUGCCUUGGCUUUGCCCCUGACUCGGAAUUGCAUAUUUAUAAAGUUUUUACAAAUUCCCAAGUAUCUUAUACUUCCUGGUUCCUCGACGCUUUUAACUAUGUCAUUUAUAGAAAAGUAAACAUUCUAAACUUGAGCAUUGGAGGACCAGAUUUCAUGGACUUUCCAUUCGUUGAUAAAGUCCUGGAGUUAUCAGCCAACAAAAUUAUAAUGGUCUCGGCUAUUGGAAACGAUGGACCCCUAUACGGCACACUUAAUAAUCCAGGCGAUCAAAGCGAUGUAAUUGGUGUAGGUGGUAUAAAUUUUGAUGACAAGCUCGCUAAAUUUAGCUCCAGAGGUAUGUCUACAUGGGAACUACCAUUUGGCUAUGGGAGGGUGAAACCAGAUAUUGUCACAUAUGGCAGCCAAGUGCAAGGCAGCGAUGUUCGGUCGGGCUGCCGACGUUUAUCGGGCACAUCGGUAUCUUCGCCAGUUGUUGCCGGGGCCGUUGCAUUGCUCACGAGUGGAGCACUUCAUAAAAUAGAGAUGAUAAAUCCAGCAGCUUUGAAACAGGUUCUAAUUGAAGGUGCUGUGAAAUUGCCGAACUAUAACAUGUUCGAGCAAGGACAUGGCAAGCUAAGUUUGCUGAAAAGUAUGCAGUUGUUGUUAAAGCAUAAGCCGAAAAUCACACUAAUUCCAUCAUCACUGGACUUUACAUCGAACUAUAUGUGGCCAUAUAGCAGUCAACCCUUAUUCUACGGAAGCAUGGAUGUAAUUGUAAAUGUUACUAUCCUUAAUUCGAUAUCUGUUGCGAGUCGUAUAGUAGGCACACCAAAGUGGGAACAACUUGCAGAUAGUCAUGGACAUUUCCUUAAUAUCUCAACGUCCUUUCCCUCUAUGCUUUGGCCAUGGUCUGGGUGGAUGGCAGUAUACAUUGCUGCAAACAAAGAGAGUCGGAAUUUCGAAGGAAUAGCAAAAGGCAAUAUAAUAUUAUCCAUAGAAAGUAUCGGAAGCGGUAAAAACGAAUCACAUAUUAGCGAAAUACAUUUUCCAAUUGUCGUUAAAAUUACACCUAAACCGCCGAGACAUAAGCGAAUUUUGUGGGACCAGUACCAUAGUUUAAGAUAUCCACCUGGAUAUAUACCUAGGGAUGAUCUCAAGGUAAAAUCUGACCCGCUGGAUUGGAGGGCCGACCACAUUCAUACCAAUUUUCGAGAUAUGUACAUACACUUGCGUAAUGCUGGGUAUUAUGUUGACGUUUUGCGUCAACCCUAUAGUUGCUUUAACGCAUCGGAAUAUGGUACUUUGUUGAUUGUUGAUCCUGAAGAAGAAUUUUUUGAUGAUGAGAUUGUUAGCUUAGAAAGUUAUAUCUACGACACUGGUUUAAGUAUCAUAGUAUUUGCUGAUUGGUAUAACACAACAGUAAUGAAAAAAAUUAAAUUUUUUGAUGAGAAUACUAGGCAAUGGUGGAUUCCUGAUACUGGAGGAUCCAAUAUUCCAGCACUAAACGACCUUUUAAACCCCUUUGGCAUUAGUUUUGGUGAUUUUGUUGGAGAGGGACAUUUUAAACUGGGAGAUCAUUCAAUGUAUUAUGCUAGUGGGGCUUCAAUCAGUAGAUUUCCGAAAAAUCCUGAAGAUAUACUGAUUGGAACGAAUUUAAAUGACCAGGGGUUAUCGAUAAUUGAGAACGUGAAAAGCCCUGACAAGGAUGCCAAAAAAAUAUUUGUCCCUAUUAUGGGGUUGUUCCAAACAGAGCUCAUCACACGCCAAAAAAACUUUAAAGAACAAUUUGCCAGCAAACAUCCAAUUGUGGAGGACAAUGAUAUAAGGCAAAAUAAUUGGUUAGAUGAUCUACCAUCGGAAAAGAAUCCAAUAUUAAACAAUCGCGUAUUACUUCAUAACCAGCAACAAAUGCCAAAAAGUAUUAAGCAUGAAGACCAACAUUUUAAAACACAAAAUACAAAUCAGGAAGGCCGCAUUGCUGUCUAUGGAGAUUCAAAUUGCUUAGAUUCAACCCACAUGGAGAAGGCCUGUUAUUGGCUACUAAUAACCAUUCUAGAUUUCACUAUGAACUCUCACAAGUCGAAGUUGUUGCAGAAUUUAAAUCAAUUUGCUGAACUCAGCAAAUUAGAGAGCAAGCCAUUGCCAAUGCGGCUUGCUAGCAGUAAACUGACAAGAUUUUCAAAAGUUCUCAAUGGAAGAGAAAAUAUGAAAAAUCGUUGCAAAGACCUGCAAAGGAAAAGAGCAACGUCAUAUAAUUCUAGUGAGCAAAUAAGAAUUGUGAAUGAAACUGCAGAAUAUGAGAACAAUGAUAUUCCAAACAACCUUGAGCUUAUGGGUUUGCUAAAUACUGAGAUCGCCAGAAUCGCUUUAAAUGAGGAGCAAAUUAAUCUACGGAGUAUAGAUUUUAACAUAAUGACUUCGGUAAUCUUUAUGAUAACGCUAAGCCUAAUCGUUAUUAUAUUAUUUAUACUCUUUUUCAAAAGAAAAAUUGUAUAUAAAGUUUAA